AUGUCGUUCGAUCUCCCCCCUCUCAAACCCGAUACCGUUGAAGAGGUUUUCGCUGAAAAGUGCCAGCGAAUCAACCUGGACUACUACAGCCUCUACCACUUUGACGAACUGACAAUUGAAGGCCGCAAGUUCCAGUACCGCCUCUCUUCCAAUGGCGACUUUAUGACGCUGGUGAGCACCUUCAAUGGCCAGUCCGUCGUCAUGGUCUCAGUGUGGACGAAUAUGGACCACGAAAAGCGAUUGCGAGAUAUCCACCAGUACCUUUUAAAAAAGGAGCAACAGGGAGUGACUCUACCCUAG